UUUAAUAAAUAUUAUUUCUCUUACAGUUGCCGUUAUCCUUACUGAAAACUGCGCAAAAUCACCCUAUGUUGGUGGAAUUAAAGAAUGGAGAAACAUACAACGGUCACCUGGUCAGCUGUGAUAACUGGAUGAACAUCAAUCUAAGAGAAGUUAUUUGUACCUCAAGGGAUGGUGACAAAUUCUGGCGGAUGCCUGAGUGCUACAUACGAGGUAGCACUAUUAAAUACUUGCGCAUCCCUGAUGAAAUUAUUGAUAUGGUGAAAGAGGAAGUGAUGUCAAAGGGCAGGGGUCGAGGUGGCAUGCAGCAGCAGAAACAGAUGAAAGGCAGAGGAGUUGGAGGAGCUGGACGAGGUGUUUUUGGCGGAAGAGGUAGAGGAAUCUCUGGAGGUGGCCGGGGGCAACAGGAAAAGAAACCAGGCAGGCAGGCUGGGAAGCAGUAAUGGUCUGACUGUGUAUUCUCUUACCAGAGACUGUAAUCACAAAUGCCUCUUUAGUCUCACUUCAGUUCUGCCACAUAUUUAAAGUGUUAAGUCUCAAAUUUUUCAGCACACCAGCAACAUUCAAUUUUGUCUUAAUUCAGUUUCAUGCUCCCUCCACUAUAAUUUUGAACCAGCCUGAAUGAGGCAUGCUUGUUCCAAGAGCAGAGAUAGUCCAGAACCAGAUGUCAACACAUGAUUUAUGCCUGUUCCUCCCCACCCCACCUUUCUGUCUCUAGGAGGCCUGCAAAUGAACUUAGCCCUUGGCACUGAAGACUAUGAACAGCCUGCAUUUACCAAUCUCUGGGGACAUUGGAAUAACCAUGGUACCCAUCACUUGUAACAACUGUGCAGCUUGAAUGUUUGUGUUUUUUGGUUUAAUACAUAUGAUUUCUAUAGAUUAUGUAUGUGACUGAUUUCGAAAGCUAUGUUGUUUGCUAGCCAAUUGGACUUUUUUGUUCUUUAUUUAAAUAUAUUUUGUAAAAUGUGUUGCAGGUCUUUGAGUGGAGUGCUUAAAAAAAGAAUUGCAUCGUAAGCAUCAUGUGAAUCAUUUAUUCGAUGUCUAGGGAUAUUCCAUAGGCUUGUGUUUUCCCUGUUUAAAAUGACCAGUUAAGUAAUAGUUAAAGAACUUUCACAAUGUAUAAUAGAAAAAAAAAAUUAUAAUUUAUGUGACUGACAUUAGAGACCUUGCUGUUUUUUACUUUUUGUCAGUUCUAAAAGCGCAAAAUUUCUGGUUACUCUCUAACUUCAUAAAUCCAUCUCCCAGGAGAGCUCAGGUUCACUAAAUAGAUGCCCCCUUGGAGAACAUAAAAAGCACAUUUCUUCAUUUGUGUUCAGUUAGGGAAUGUUUUAAAUGAGUAAAGGUUACAGUUCCUCAAUUGCAUUGGCUGUGUGUUCAAAUAUUUUGCUGUAGUCAUGGUAACUGUUGGAGCUAAUCAUUUUUAUUUCUUGUUAAAUAAAAUGUCAGUUUCAUCAUGGUUAUUUAACAGCGGGUUUUGAAGCUUUUGGGAGUUCAUUUCCAUGGAAUGACAUUAAACUUGGAUCCUUAUAGAACAUUUUACAGCCAAGAACUCCAAAUAUUAAGGGGCUAGGUCUAGGAAAAGAUUGCUUUUGUUAUUCAUUGAGGUUUUCUUUUUUCCUUCAUAUUGUCGAGCAGUUACAUGCCCUACAUUUCAUUUCACUGUUGUCCCUGCAGCAUAUUUUACUUGAUGCUUACUUAAAAAUAUGGCUUUUGAUUUCUUGGGAAUUAUUACUACUGUGUCAAUACUCUCAAGUGCAGAGUGAAAUUUUCAUAUUCUUUUUAUGUUUUUUUUUUUUUUGUCUCUGAAAUAAAAACAUAAUGCAAGUUACAA